AUGAAAAUCACUCACUUCAACAAGUUGUUUCAAAUUUUCAUUACGGUUUUCAUCCUUCUUACGACAGCAAUAGCGACAUACCACCAAGAAGUUACGACAGCAGCUACUAACGCGCCAUCCACUGCUUCGGCUGACAUUGAAACUUCACAGAAAAGUGCGCAUGGUUUUAAAGCUAGUUAUGGAGUAAGUUUCGAGAAAGGCGCCAUAGAAAGCAACUGCUCCGAAGUAUGUAGUUCAACUAACUGUACAUUUGAAAACUGCUUUAUGGCUAUAAUGAACGAGCCUUUCCCAGCUCUAGCUAUAAAAGCGGAACUACAUCUCAGCUUCAUCAAUGUAAGAUUCGGAAAGAUUAACAAAUCCUUUUUUGACUGGUUAACAAUUAUAAAGUUACUGAUUGAAAACUGCGUGACCCAAUAUCGUAUUCCGGAAAAUUUGUUUUCAAAUGUGCUCUUUCUGAAACAACUUUAUAUUGUAAAUUCUCCUAAUUUCAGUGACAUCUUCUGGUCGAAUGAUGCUUUCGUGUUCCCUCUGAUGCGUUCAUUGGAGGAACUUUUUGUCGAUGAGAACAUUCCAGAUGAUGAACAAGCCAUCCUUUCAACUGCCAGUGUGCUCCAGUCUUCUCCGAAUUUUCGGACCCUGGUAUUAACCGGAAACACGAGGGCUCUGAAAGUUCUUAACAAACUGAAAAGAAUCCGAAGAUUAACAUUCAGAGACAUCCAGUUCUACUACGUGCUCGAGUACCUCAAACUCUGGAACGUACAAGCCUCAGUCAGGCAACUUGUCUUUGAUAGGGUCGGACAACUUAAUUUAAAUGACAAUGUCUUAGAAACGUUUACAAACCUCCAUAGCGUUGCUCUCUAUUCGUGUCCAGAUGUGAACGUCGAUGACGACCUGUACAAAGUCAUGUACUUCACCAAUAUAACAGCCUACGAUCAGCCUGAUGUUCAGAAAAAAUUGGACGCGAUUUAUGCAAAGGCAGUUCAGAAUUUACGUGAAUAUCCUAUUGAUGAGUUUUCGGAGGAAGACCUGCUGAUGCAAACCCCUAACGACGACGAAGACGAACAUGCUGACUUCACAACUAAACCUCGAGGCACGACAAUAAAAAAGAAAACACUUGAAAUUUUAGACGCUAAGGCAGAAAUUCAAGCAAACAACCUGAGAAUAAGUUGCGAAGUUGUUGGAAAGGCCCCGAUUUACGUUUCCGUAAAAUUUCCAAACGGUUCCAGCGUUAACUUCAUGAAGGAAGUAACACAACCCAGCUACGUAUUUGUCUAUAACGAGGCGAAUGUGGAUAUUUGUAAUAGAAAAGGCGCAUUUGUUUGUAGCGCACAGAGUGCUUUCGGUGGCUCCGAUAGUUUUGAAUUCAGUUUAUUCGAGGAAUUAAGAGUGAAAAGCGAUUGUUGGAUGGUUAGGAUGAAGUCAUUUGGGAUGGUUGGUGCUUUCGGGAUUGUUGGUUUCUUUUCGUGGUAA